AUGUCGAUCCUCGGCAUGUCCAGCUUCAGUCUCUUCGACUAUUACCAAGCAAUGCACUGGUUCCGCAAGUGCUUGGACGCGCAGCUCUCGCUGCUCGGAAUGGACCACCCGAGCACGGUGUACACGCGCGACUAUCUCGCCUUGAUCUGUUUCUACCGCGGCCAGCUCGUCGAGGUCCGAGUGCUCUACGAAGCGAUCACCUCGACGUACUGCACUGCCAACAAGGUUCCGGUCGACGAGCAAGCGGCCUUUGCCAGCUACGAGCCGAUCGCAACGCGCACCUGGCACCCGAAGCUCUACCUCAGUGUCUAAAUCAAUAAUGUC